ACAACGUCAAUUCGGAUGAAUAAACCGUUCGGCAGCGCUAUGGAAACUUCGAUCGACGAGUUCGCACGCUUUGGAUUUGUUGGUAGCUCCAGUAUUGGAAGGGUCGUAAUGUAAGGGUGCAGCAGCCAAGCGUGUGCCUUCGGUACUAUAUAACGGGGCAGCCACACUCAGUCACGUAUGUACCACCAGUACUCAGGUCGAGUCUCACUUCAACUCGUCAUCCUUCAGCACAAACAUGGCUCCAGUCACAGCAUUGCUGCCCCUCGCCCUGGCUGGCAUUGCUGCCGCCAGGCAAUGCUCAAACUUCAUGAUCCAGACUCCCAUCACCUCACGACAGGGACAGUUCAAGGAAGUACCAAUUGAAGGCAACCUCGACGUCGGCGCAUUCGUAGCUAGCUUCAACCAGUUCGGUAAGAACUACAGCGCGGAGCUUCUUGAGGGCUACCAGACCCUGCAAGGUACCUACAACAUCUCUGCGCAGUACUGUAAGCCAGCCAGCGGUAGCGGAAACACGAUCCAGCUCUUGAGCCACGGCAUUGGCUUUGACAAGACCUACUGGGAUCUUGAAUACGACAACUACAACUACAGCUACGUCGACGUCGCGUUGGCUGCUGGUUACAGUACGCUCGCGAUUGACCGACUUGGUAUCGGUAACUCGUCUCACGGAGACCCUUUCAACGAGAUUCAAGCACAAGCCGAAGUUGAGGCCCUCAACUCUAUCACUACACAGCUGCGUGACGGCAAGAUCCCAGAGAUUAGCUGCGCAUACGAGAAGGUCAUCCACGUUGGCCACUCUUUCGGCAGCGUCCAGUCCUACUGGCUUUCCGCCAAAUACCCCGAGAACACCGACGGUGUCAUCCUCACCGGAUUCUCCGUCGCCGGACAAUUCCUUGCCUACAUCACUGCCGGAUGGAACCUACACAGCGCUCGUCUCAACCAGCCCCUGCGCUUUGGAAAUGCAUCCAACGAUGUCAUCGAAACUAUCGCCAGCAAGUAUGACCUGAGCGACAACAUCGUCGGCAGUCUUCAGAAGAUCCUUGCGGCCGCUGGUGUGGACCUGACCACCGACGAGGUAUGGAACGAGCUUGCGACCACCGAGGUCCUCGACUUGAUCAACGGAUACAACAAGACCGUCACCCAAUACGACUACCCGGCUGGAUAUUUGGCACACUCCGACCUCACUGCCUUACAGUACGCUUUCCUCCAGCCCGGCAACUACGACGUCGGCCUCGCUCUUGUAGCUGAGAAGACCAAGCAGCCCGUCACUACCGGCGAGCUCUUAACCAUCGGCGGCUCACCUAGCUCAUCUCCCUUCACAGGCCCAGUCCUCGUCAUCACCGGCGAGAACGAUGUUCCCUUCUGUGGAGGUAACUGCUACGGCCAGGUCAUGGGUUCCAACGCCUCCAACAUCCCCGAGGCCGUUGCCAUGGCCUACCCCAACGCCUCUGCUUUCGAGUCAUACAUCCAGCCUAACACUGGUCAUGGCUUAAACUUCCACUACAACGCCACAGCUGGGUACCAGGUCAUGCAAGACUUCUUGGCCAGCAAUGGCCUUGCUGCGCAGUAAGCGUUGUACUGUGUUUUCUGUCGCGUCAUUUCUUCAGUUGAGGUUGGGCGCCGAACGGGCAUCUCGCAAGUUUGAUCCAUACUUUGACUUAGCGCGUUGGAG